GCCUUAUUCAAGUUGGAAGUAAAGGUUAGAGUGCUAUGUUGAUGCUUUCAUAGUAUUCUUAUUUUCAAUCAUGGAAAAAGCAAGAGAUGUUGCUGAUAGUGAAGUGGAAGAGAUGGAUGUGGAUCCCAUUGAUGAUUCUUCAACGAAGAGUAAUCCGCGUGUCUUUAAUUGUGAUGAUUAUGGUGAAAUAGAGGUUCCAGAUGCACUGCAAGCAGUUGCAACCUAUGAUGUAAAUGGACCUCGUCUCAUGAUUACCCAUAUUGUGAAUGAAAAUUUCAAAUCAUAUGCCGGUGUGCAGACACUGGGGCCAUUUCAUAAGAGCUUUACUGCCAUUGUUGGUCCUAAUGGAAGUGGAAAAUCCAAUGUUAUUGACUCCAUGCUCUUUGUCUUUGGUUACCGGGCAAACAAGAUACGCUCAAAGAAAGUCAGUUUCUUGAUUCAUAACAGUGAAAAUCACAAGGACAUUGAUCACUGCACAGUGGCCGUCCAUUUUCAGAAAAUCAUUGAUACAGAGUCAGAUGAGAAUGACUACACUGUUGUACCAAACUCCAAGCUGGUGGUCUCACGUACAGCCUUUAAAGACAAUUCUUCAGCUUAUUAUCUGGAUGGAAGGAAGGCCACAUACAAGGAUGUAGCUGCACUGCUGAGGGCUUCUGGGAUAGAUUUGGACCACAACCGUUUUCUUAUUCUUCAGGGAGAGGUAGAACAGAUUGCAAUGAUGAAGCCAAAGGCUCAGACAGAACAUGAGGAUGGCAUGCUAGAGUUUCUGGAGGACAUUAUUGGCAGCAAUAGAUUCAAGCAACCUAUUGCUAUGCUAUGUCAGCGUGUUGAAACUUUGAAUGAGCUACGAGCUGAAAAACUAAAUCGUGUAAAAGCAGUAGAAAAAGAAAAAGAUGACCUCGAGGGACCCAAAAAUGAAGCUGUGGAGUACCUAAAAUUAGAAAACAGCAUAGUGCGUCACAAGAAUGAACUGUACCAAAAAUAUAUUUCAGAAUGUGCAGAGAGUGAAGAAAAGGCUGCUGCAGAAUUUAAUAAAGUCAAAGAAGGCAUGAAGGUCCUCACGGAAAAGAUGGAUGACAUUGCAGCAAAGAAAAAAGAAAAGGGCAAAGAACACUGCACUCUUUACAAGGAUUAUGAGUGGCUUGUAAAACAGUGUGAAGAGAGCAAAGAAAAAUUCUCUGAACUGGAGAAACAAGACAUCAAGUAUCGUGAGGAUCUCAAGCAUGCAAAGGCCAGAACUAAAAAGUUGGAGAAAAGCUUGGAACCGGAGAAAAAAAAGAUUUAUGACCUUCAGCAAGUGCCUCAGCAGAAUGAGAUGCUUUUAGCUGAUCUACAAAAGAAGAUAGAGAAGCUUGAGGAAGACAAGGCUAAGGAAGAAGUGAAUUUGAAAAAGGUCAUGACCAGUCUUCGUCACGAAACCAAGGGCUUACAAGAAGAAAAAGACAGAAUGGAAGAGCAGCUGUUGGGUCUACAUAAAACUCUACAUGAAAAGCAGUCUCUGCUACAAGUGACUGAAUUAGAGUUGGAAAUAUGUGUGAGUGGGCAACAAAAUGAGGAGCUGAAACUGAAGGAUAUGAGGAACAAUUUGGAGAAGGACAGGACUGAGCUUGAUCAGCUUAAGAUCACAGCUGCAGAACUUGAGAAGAAAAUUCCUGAAGUGGAAAAAGAAUUGCUGCUGGCCAAUGCUGAUGCAACGAAAGCACAAGAAAAGGAGGUGGAGUUAUCAGAGAAGGUGCGAAGUCUGAUUUACAAAGUAGAAGAAACACGGCGUGUACAAGAGACAGCCAGCAGCAAGAGAAAGGUGCUUGCGUUUCUUUUGCAGCUAAAGAAAACUGGCAAAAUUCAAGGCAUCUUCGGGCGCUUGGGUGACUUGGGAGCUAUUGAUGAAAAGUAUGAUAUAGCCAUUUCUACUGCAUGUGGUUCACUGGAUAACAUUGUGGUGGAUACAAUAACCACAGCACAACAUUGCGUAGAGCUUCUUAUCAAACACAAUAUAGGUGUCGCCACAUUCAUUGGUCUGGACAAGAUGGAAAAGUGGAGGGAGCAUGCAAAAAACAAAAUCACAACGCCAGAAAACAUACCCAGACUGUUCGACUUGGUGAAGGUGAAGGAUGAAAGAGUCUUGCCAGCAUUCUACUUUGCUCUUCGUGACACACUGGUGGCAGAUGACCUUGAGCAAGCUACCCGCAUUGCUUAUGGGAAAACUCGAAAUCGUGUAGUAACCUUGAAGGGAGAAUUAAUUGAUCAAUCUGGUACUAUGAGUGGUGGUGGGAAAACAGUCAGCAAAGGGCUCAUGGGAUCAACUAUCAUGGAUAACGUGGAUCCUGAAGAAUUGGCCAAAGUGGAGAAUAUGCUGAAAGAGGCCAGAGGAGAAGUGGAGAUGCUUCGUGCCAACCAAAUGAAGCUUAAAGAAUCAAUGCAGAAGAACACUAAAGAUCUGACAGACAUGAGGCACAAUCUUCAAUUAGCUGAGAUGAAAAUUAAGGCUUUAAAGGAACAGAUGGAAAGUUUGCAAAUCCGGAUCAAAGAGCAAGAAGUUAAAGUCAGAACUUCAGCGCCUGACAAAAAGCAAGUGGAUGAGCUCCAAAAAAAGAUUGCUGCUUAUCGGAAAGAUUAUGAUGAGUUUGCUGAAACAACAUCUAAGGUGGAAGCUGAAGUUAAGAGACUGUACAAACACAUCAUGGACAUUGGAGAGUCUAAAAUGCAGGCUGCACAAUCUCGUGUGGAUGCCAUCAGCCAUCAGAUUGACGAAGCCACGAGGCAGAUCACCAAAACUAAUGUUGGCAUCAAAACUGCAGAACGCAAUCUGAAGAAGGCAGAGGAGAAGGUACAGACCUUAGAGGAGGAAAUGGCAGAAAAUUGCAAACGAAUACAAGAACUGAACCAGUUGUUAAAGGACAUGGAAGUGGAAGCAACUCAAGUAUUGGAGAAACACCAACAGGCUCAGGUAAAAGUGCAGGCAGCAGAAAAGUGUCUGGAGAAUGUAAAGAAGAUGGUUGCCAAGCUUGAAGAAGAAGAGAAUGCAGUAAAGAAGGAUACUAUUGAAGUGCACAUGCAGCUGGAAAAAUGUGAAAACAUCCUGAAAGAGACUAAAGCCAAGAUCAAACAUUGGAGAAAAGAGCUUGCCAGUCUAAGGUUGUCAGCUGUCGAGGGUGAGCAGGGAGAUCAGCUCCCAACAUUCAGUGCAGAGCAGCUUGAGGGUGUGCUGACAGAUGAGGUGCAAUACAAGAUCACUGUUAAGGAAGAAAGACUGGCACAGAUGAAACCUAAUAUGGCUGCCAUUGCAGAGUAUAAGAAAAAGGAGGAACUUUAUCUGGCCAGAGUUGGGGAGUUGGACCAGAUCGUGGAAGUGCGUGAUAGACAGCGCAAGUACCAUGAAGAACUGCGCAAGCGGAGACUAGACGAGUUUAUGACUGGAUUCGCUGUAAUAACUGGAAAGCUGAGGGAGAUGUACCAGAUGAUUACAUUAGGUGGUAAUGCUGAGCUGGAGCUAGUUGACUCUCUUGAUCCCUUCUCAGAAGGAAUAGUCUUCAGUGUACGUCCACCAAACAAAUCCUGGAAGAACAUCUCCAAUCUGUCAGGUGGUGAGAAGACCUUGAGUUCACUGGCGCUGGUGUUUGCCCUACACCACUAUAAACCCACACCACUUUACGUCAUGGAUGAGAUUGAUGCUGCUCUUGACUUCAAGAAUGUCUCAAUUGUUGCACAUUACAUCAAGGAACGCACCAAAAAUGCACAGUUCAUCAUCAUUUCUCUCCGCAACAACAUGUUUGAACUGGCAGAUCGCCUUAUUGGGAUCUACAAAACCUACAACUGCACCAAAUCUGCCACAAUCAAUCCACACAUACUCCAUCGUGCUCUGCAAGAAUCUAAUGAAGUAUCAGACUCUGUUAGUCCUUCCUGAACACAAGGAAGACAAAAGCUUGCACUUUCAACUUGCAUACUUAAAGGACUUUCCAUGGAGUAUUGGCCAUAUCUUUGUAACAUAUUUAAUACAACAGUGUUUUGUGUGUGCAUACAUGCAUUUUUUUUUUGUUUUUUGUCGUUUUGGUAACAUGGACUUUUCUGACUAAAUUUGUCUUGUAUUCAAUGCAGUUUAUUUUAUAUACCUGACCAAUCUUCCAUUUCACCAAGAUUUAUCCAAACUUUUAUUUUUAUAAUGAAAUAAACUAGCAAGUUGUUUGUUAAACUUUUGAAAUAAGUAUUUGCAAGUACAGGCGGUCCUUGACUUACGACAUUGUUCCGUUCCUACGUCAUGUCAUAAACCAAUUUUCGCCGAAAGUCCCAACAUAUGUACAUACUGUAUGUAAAUAACAUACUAUAAGCACUUAUCCUAUCCUAACAGAGUAAUUUUCAAAAAACACAUAUAAAAUACGUUUAAUAAUGAAAUGUUUAAUAAUAAAUGUUUAAAAUACGUUUAAUAAUGCACCAAACACGAAGUUCACGUUAUGACGUUAACGACACAAAACCACUUAAGUCAAAACAAGGCUUUAUACAGUUUAAGGGAGAUGUGUCGUAACCUUGAAACAUCGUAACUUGGGGCUAAUGUAACCCGAGGACCGCCUGUAUUUAUCUUUCAAGAAGUGCGGAAAAAGUGGACCAAAAAAAAUACUUCAACACCUGCAUCUUUACAAAGAUUUUCUUCUGGCUCUUGUCUUCCUUCUUUCCUUUGUAAAACUUUUUGCAGUAAAUCCAAAUAAAUAUUUAUCUUUGCAGAUGUAUGAGAAAGUGGAGUGUAACAUUACUGAAAUAGCUGUAUUUUGACAGGGUUUCUGUCUUCUGCAUCUCAUCUUUUUCUUCCUUUACAUUUAGAGAUAGCACUCAGAGAGGCUUCAUAAUAAAGUGUUCUGUGAUGCUCUCAAGUAUAAUUACAGAAUAAUAGUUAUAUUGAAACAU